AUGAUUAAGGACGAAACUAACGAUAAUCGGAGUAAAUUGUUAGUGUUACGAAGGGACAGGAGUCCACUGCCGUUCUCCACAACUGCAGCUUUACCACAAAGUGAUGGUGGCACUGGCCUCGUGCAAAGCACAACUACUUCUGUUGUACCGUUACCAGCGGAAUUGACCCUUCUCAGUCAAAAUGCUACUUCCUCGGACUUAUCCUAUCUUUUUUCGGGAUUUAAUUGGCGAUUUCGUUUCUUUGCGCCAUUCAGCACCGCUUCAAUAUGGGAAGAUUUCGAGGAGCAGUUUGGUCCAUUCGAAAACAUUCACGUGGUGUAUGCAUUGGCUACAGUUUUGGGUAUCGCAUGUUUGUUGCCAUAUUUUAUUGCGGUGCUGUGUUGCAGCAGUAAGCGCUCCAUCACAGAGCUCAUCGCUGCCUCUCACAUGGCUAAGCUUGAAGCAGUUCCCGAAGUUUCUGGUGAUGGCGAGGGAAAUGCUUUCCGAUGGCGCGCUUACUCCUGCAUAUUCUUGCUGUUGACGAGCGGCACGGAACUGGUCAUUGGAGAAGGCUUGACUCUGUACGCACUAUUUACAUCCGAGCUGUUUCUUUCACAACGAAACGGAGUCCUUCUGACUGCAACCUUCUGGCUUGGCAUAUGUGUGGUUCGAUUGUCGUCGGUUUUAAUGAGAAAAUCAGUCAGUGUGAAACGGCUUUCUCUAAUUGUUCUGCUAUCUUUUGCAGUCAGUGGGUACAUUGUUAUGAGUACGUCUUCUCUCUGGGCAUCUUACUGUGCUCUGUUCCUUUUGGGCGUGACGCUGGGAAAUCUUUCGCCGUCACUGUUUUGUUGGCUAACUGAACAGGAGUUAUGCAGCCGGCUGUCAUUGAAUUUGUCCUAUAGUGUCAGUAUGUUUCUUGGACGUCUUGUUCUUCCAUGGUCUGUCGUACUGGUCAUUCAUCAUUAUCGCGCACCAGUAGUGCUUUUUGUGGUUUCCUCUCUCGCACUAUUUGUUGCCUAUAUUUCGCUUACGAUGACACUGCGUGCUGUACGAGUUUUCACACGUAUCAAUGCCGUAAAUCAUUUUUCAAAUUGCGUAGAAAGGGAGAUAGGCAGUGGGGAGGUGGUGAUUAAACAGAAGAAAUCACGAAAUGGCCAGUACGUGGCGCUGAUCAACAAAGAUGACACGAAAUGCGAGGACUGCAUAGCUGAUGACGACCUGGAUGAUAGGGAUAUCAUCCUCCAUCAUAAUGAACAGGAUUUGGGUAAAUACGCCAUCUGA